CUGUUACGUAGUAUCACCUGUUGAGGUUACUGGCAGUUCGUCGUGCGCUUCCAGUGUGGUUGCAUCGUUAGUAUCUGCGUGAGAUAAACUGCUGUUGGAAUACUAGAAGUUCUUGUGUGGUGAAAUUCGUAUAAGUGGUGUAACUGCAACAGUAAGUGUACAAAGUGUUUCUUUCAUCGUUUUGAUAUUCCGGCCGCUUCAGUAAGUACGCUAAUAGUGAUGGCAUGGGAAGCGGAGAGACUAAUGAACAUUUCUCUGACUAAAUUGGCGGAAUCUCGCAAACAACGUGGCGGUGUUAGCCUUCAUAAACAUCUCAUGGUUGUUAAGGUUUUGAAGAAGGCGCGUUGCAUUUUCAAGGAGGAACUAUACAACAUGGUUCAAUCCCAACGGCGUGGUGGUUACACAUCAACCACAGCAACGACCCCGCAGGAUCAACAGCAGCAAGACGAUUGCGAACACAACUAUGACGACAAUGGACUUGUAGAUUUCACACCGGAGGAGGCUGGCACUGGAUCGUCGCAGUAUACAACACCACACUCCGAAGACGCGUCGUCCGGAGUUAAUCAUCUCCAACUUUCAGCGUCCUGUGUACGAUGUGCAGAUAAUAUCCCGCCCUCCCUUCCAUCAUAUGAAGAUGACAAAGAAAAUCAACCUCGACCCUCAUAUCACACAAUUCCUGCCUCUCCUCAGAGUGACAAAUCACCCGCUCAUGGAGACCGUGUUCUACGACACAGACGACGCAGACGACAAAGACGACGCACAUGGAAUGCAACAAGUACUUCUUCGCCGAGGUGCCCUAAGAGACGGAUUAACUUUGACGAGUGCGAAACAGAGGAAGCAGACUUAACACCGGGGCAGGUUGACAUUGGAUCAUCACAACAUAAAACUACUUCAACUAUUCCACCAAAGUGUGCAAAGAUAUGCUGCAUGUCGUGAGGGCGAUGACACCGUGCCCACGACAGUGUAAGCCAGUUGUGUUGCAAGUGUUGUGUCCAUACUGUUUCGGCAAUCUUGCAGGAAAUGCGGCAGCAGUAGCUGCGAACAUGUCGGCGGGGCCGGGAAUUUGAAAGCCAACCAAUUCGGUAUCCACCCCAAACCUGUGUUCGUCUAAAGCCAAGGAGGCCGUUUCGUGCGAUGAUUGUGUAAAUACUGCUACAUCGAAACCGAAUAGUGUUGCCAUGACCAGCAGGUUGUAAACAUAAACACAUUAAUCCAACGACAGCAGGCUGUGCGAUAUUGAACUGAACUUAAUAAUGAAAGACAGAGGUAAGCAGUUCUGUUUUUAAAUUGACGAGAAGGUGUACACUGGGGCCUAGCCCAGAAGAUAAUAUAUUUUUCUAUUGUGAUUAAAAUAUUUGAUUCAGUAUUUUUAA